AUGGAUUCCCGGGUGUUUCUGAGCCUGAUUGGAGUUGUGUACAUCUACUGUCAGGUCUUUGCAAGUUCUGCUGAUGUAGAAACGUCGCGCAAAAUCUACUUUGGUGAGAUGAUGGUGGAGAGUAAUGUCACACUGUAUGCCCAUGCCAUCGAGUCAGCUUUGAACAAUACUGCCCUCAAAGUGAAUUUCCAAGGGAAUUCCCACGAUGUGGAAGUCUUACUCAGUAAAGUGAUUUCAGAGUGCGUGAUCAUUGGAGACAAAUCCACAUGCAACUGCACUGAGAAUUACUAUUGGAGCAAUGAAGUGUGCACCAUUAAAAACUGUUGUAGUGGAUCUGUAUGCACGGCAAAUUUGUCAGACAUCAGACAACUCUGCGUUCCCAAACACAAAGUUCAAAUCAAUGGAUCAGUUAUACUGUCAAAGAGCUCCUGGGAUGCAACCAAAGCAACAACGCUUACAAGUGAACUUCAAAAGCUGAAUGCCUUUGAGAGUGUGAACAUUUCUGAGAGCUCAGACCCAGUUAAGUUUGAGGCAGUUGUCAACGUCGAAGUUCUGACUUCUAAACUUCAAGAAAUAGUGACUACGCUGGAAAAAGCAUUGGAAGCUGUAAUUUGGGUUGACACUGUAGGAAUGGUCACCAUAGAGUCCCCAGACACUAAAGUUCCCUACGAGACCAGCCAAGAGCUGAAAUGUCUUUUAGAUGAGAAGUCAGACAGCGCUGGCUGGAACUUGACCAGGCAGGGCGAGCGCUUGGAGAUCAACAGUGGCACUGUGGCGAAAGUGAGUCAAUCCUGUACCACAGCUGAAAACAAGUCAUGUGUGAACAUUACGAUCCAGGAAGUGACAGGCUUGUGGGAAGGUACAUACGAGUGUGGAUUCACUAAUGGGUCAGUCAGGCACACAGCCAAGGCACAGCUGAAAGUGUCACUCCUUCCUGACGAGAUCUCCCUGGAGUUAGAUCCUCUUGUAGCGGACUGUACAAAAAUGAAGAGCCCUGGAGAUGUUAAAGUGCAAGUCACUGCCACCAUCAGACAAAGCAAAGAGAAAUAUACUGUUUGGUGGAGCUACAUGGGUAAAGGGAAAAAUGUCCUGAAAACAACUGAUGGGAAGGAGAACCCGGUGUACUCUUUCACAGCUCCUAUCAGUUGCGAAGAAACCACAAAGACACAAUACCUGAAUGUCACUUUUGAAAACUCAGUGAAUCAAACAAAAAGUGCACGAGUGGAUAUUUCAGUAGUCUAUAAGGGUGUUUCAGUUUGCGAGGAGGAGUCCCUAGUCCCUGGUGUGAUAUGGCCAAAUACUCCAUUUGGACAUACCGUGUUUAAUCGAAAAUGUGAACCAGGCAAGGUUGGCUUUAAGUCCCGCACUUGUGAUGGCCCAAAAUGGCAGGACGUGUUCCAUUACUGUAUCAACGAAGAGUUGAACAAAAUUUCAGAUGCAGCAUCUCAAUUCCAGAUGGGACAAGGGGCUACUUCACAGGUGGCCCUAAGUAUAUUUGAAGGACUUAAGAACCAAUCUACAUCUAAUUCUGAUGAUCCAGGUAGCAAUACAGCUGAAAUUGCUGCCUCCAUCAGCAUUUUAAGUGUGAUGGCCAUUUCAUCAAAAGAUAUUGACAUAGACGAGCGUGUCUUACCUGAUUUUGUCAAUGCAUCAAGCAACAUGUUGAACAAGUCCUGGGAAGGGGUCAACGAAACUGUUCUUCAGAAACUGUCAUCAGAUUACCUUGUGUCUAUGGAAGAUCUGGUAAAGAAUAUCAAGAUUAACCAGAGCAGCGAUUUGAACAGUCCAAAUGUAGAACUUAAAUUUUGCUUAAAUGCCUGUCCUGAGCCCGUGUUUGAUAUUGGCGUGAAUCUGACAAAUGGCACCGGACGAAUAAGAACUGUUGCUGUGAAAGGUCUAACGAACAAAUUAAAAGACAUGGCCAACAAAAAUUCUACCAACCUCUUAUUAUCAGUCACAAAAGAAAACAACAGUGAUUCGGAUUUACAAAUUAGUCUAAGCUUUCCCACUAUGGAGGGAAAGGAACCUUCAUGCGUCUUCUGGAACACCACAACGAAUGAGUGGUCGGAUAAUGGGUGCAUUGUCAAAAGUACUGAUGAAAACUACACACUCUGCCAGUGUAACCACUUGACUGCAUUCUCUAUCCUCAUGGGCAAGGAUGCCCCAGAUGACCCCGUCCUAACUAUGAUUACAAAUGUUGGCCUGGGUGUGUCUAUCUGCUCCUUGCUGAUUUUCCUCAUCGUUGAAUCUCUGGUUUGGUCAGCUGUGGUCAAGACAAAUCUUUCACAUUUCCGACACACGGCCAUGGUUAACAUUGCCGUUUUCCUCUUGCUCGCUAACUGCAGUUUCUUGGUCACGGCUCUUGUAGAGGAAAAGGAACCCUGGUGUCUAAUUAUAACGGCAUGCAAACACCUCUUUUACUUGGCCAUGUUCUGCUGGAUGCUGUGCUUGAGUGUCAUGCUCGUCCACCAGCUCAUCUUUGUCUUCAGCCCAUUGAGGAAGCGAGUCUUCAUGUUCCUGUCCAGCAUUAUAGGCUAUGUUUGCCCACUCCUUAUUGUUGGAUCCAGCUAUGUGUAUUACAAAUACACCAAGGAUGACUACCAUGAUAAGAAAACCUGUUGGCUAGUUUUUAAAGGACUCUUGGAGGGAUCCUUGCAUGCUUUCGUCCUCCCCGUGGGAACUAUUAUUUUGACAAACCUCUUUUCCAUGGUGGUUGUCAUUCUUACGCUGUUGAAGUCCUCGGUCCCUGAUGGCAGCAAGACAGAUGACAAGGAGACAGCUAAAAGUAUCCUUAAAGUGGUGAUCUUUCUGACCCCUGUCUUUGGAGUAACAUGGGUCAUUGGCUUCUGCUUGCAGAUGUUAGAUCAAAAGAGUCCCCUGUAUAACAUUGCUAGCUACAGUUUCACCAUCAUCAAUUCCUUCCAGGGCUUUUUCAUUUUGAUAAUGGGAUGUAUUGCAGAGAAGAAGGUUCGAGACGAAGUGUUAAAGCUCUUAACGGAAAAAUCUAAAGGACAUAUGCAGAGUAUAAAGAAGUCGACUUCAACAACAUACACAAAAGACAAAUGA